CUGAUAUGAAUACAAACAGUGAUGGCUUGUUUAUUUUGUUUUAUUUUUCGCGGCUUCAAACAAUUCCCCUAUUCCCCCUUCGUAGUCCAUUUAUGCCCAGACAAACCACAACAGGCCCAAAAGCGAGAUUGUACAGAAAGAAGUGCACAUACUUUUCACAAUUCUGUAGGGAAGGUUACGGGUUGAAGGUGCCGAUUUUGGCAAAUCCUGCUAUACGAGUAAAUCGGAUAAAACACAUAAGGCAGUUUUACAGCACCUUUAAUAGUUUUUGACAGAAACCGAUUUCUUUAGAAGAGAUGGAGAGGCACUACCAACCCCGCUCUGAGGCAAGUUGGGC